AUGCAGACUACACUGUCAUCGACUCUCAUCUCCAAAGCUUUAUCAUCUUCAUCAAACCUCAAAGAGCUUCGUCGAAUCCACGCACUUGUAAUCUCUCUAGGCCUUGACGGCUCCGACUUCUUCUCCGGCAAGCUUAUCGACAAAUACUCCCAUCUUAAACAACCCAGCUCUUCACUCUCUGUUUUCCGGCGAGUUUCUCCGGCGAAAAAUGUCUACCUCUGGAACUCUAUCAUCAGAGCGCUUUCUCAGAAUGGUUUGUUCUCUAAAGCCCUCGACUUUUACGAGAAACUCCGGGAAUCAAAGGUUUCUCCGGAUAAGUACACGUUUCCUUCCGUCGUCAAAGCUUGUGCUGGAUUGUGUAAUGCGGAGAUGGGAGAUUCGGUUUAUGAACAGAUAGUGGGACUGGGGUUUGAAUCUGAUGUAUAUGUAGGCAAUGCACUUAUUGAUAUGUACUCGAGGAUGGGAUUGUUGGGUAGAGCACGACAAGUGUUCGACGAAAUGCCUGUGAGAGAUAUCGUGUCCUGGAACAGUUUGAUUUCCGGGUUUAGUUCCCAUGGUUACUAUGAGGAAGCCUUGGAGGUUUAUCAUGAAUUGAGAAAGUCUUGGAUUGUGCCGGAUUCUUUCACGGUUUCAAGUGUUUUGCCUGCAUUUGGGAAUUUGCUUGUUGUCAAAGAAGGACAGGGACUUCAUGGUUUUGCGGUGAAGUCAGGUGUUGAUUCCGUUGUGGUCGUUAACAACGGACUACUUGCGAUGUAUCUGAAGUUUAGCAGAGCGACGGAUGCAAGACGAGUUUUUGAUGAGAUGGUUGUUAAAGAUUCGAUUAGUUACAAUUCUAUGAUCUGUGGAUAUCUCAAUUUAGAGGUGUGUGAAGAAUCUGUGAGGAUGUUUUUGGAAAAGUUGGAUCAGUUCAAGCCAGAUACGAUAACAGUUAGUUCUGUUCUCCGUGCCUGUGGACACUUGCGAGACUUGCGCUUAGCAAAAUACGUUCAUGACUAUAUGCUGAGAGCUGGAAUUGUGCUAGAAACUACUGGGAAUAACGUUCUAAUUGACAUGUAUGCAAAGUGUGGUGACAUGAUCUCGGCAAGAGAUGUGUUCAAGAGCAUGGAAUGUAAGGAUAUUGUUUCGUGGAACUCGAUAAUCAAUGGAUAUAUACAAAGUGGAGAUCUUUUGGAAGCCAUGAAACUCUUUAAGAUGAUGACCAUCAUGGAAGAGAAAGCAGAUCAUAUCACUUAUUUGAUGCUUAUAUCUGUCUCCACUCGUUUAGCAGAACUGAAAUUUGGGAGAGGGCUACAUUCUAACGUGACAAAAUCUGGAAUCUAUUUCGAUCUCUCUGUUAGUAAUGCUUUGAUUGAUAUGUAUGCAAAGUGCGGGGAAGUAGGAGUGUCUCUGAAGAUAUUCAACAGUAUGGAAACUCAGGAUAUGGUAACAUGGAACACGGUUAUUUCUGCAUGUGUUCGUUUUGGAGAUUUUGCCACCGGUUUGCAGGUAAUUACUCGAAUGAGGAACAGCGGAUCGGUGCCUGAUAUGGCAACUUUCUUAGUUAUAUUGCCUAUGUGUGCUUCACUUGCAGCUAAACGACUAGGCAGAGAAAUCCAUUGUUGUCUUUUGAGGUUUGGAUAUGAAUCUGAGUUGCGAAUAGGGAAUGCACUAAUUGAAAUGUACUCAAAAUGUGGUUGUUUGGAGAGUUCCUUUAGAGUCUUUGAACAUAUGAGUAGAAGAGAUGUUGUGACAUGGACAGGAUUGAUCUAUGCAUAUGGAAUGUACGGCAAAGGUGAGAAAGCUCUUGAAGCUUUUGCUGGUAUGGAAAAAUCCGGUAUUGUUCCCGAUAAUGUCGCCUUCAUUGCCAUCAUCUAUGCUUGCAGCCACUCUGGUUUGGUAGAAGAAGGCUUGGUUUGCUUCGACAAGAUGAAAACUCACUACAAAAUCGAGCCGCUGAUCGAACACUAUGCUUGUGUGGUUGAUUUGCUGUCCCGGUCACAGAAAAUUUCGAAAGCCGAGGAGUUUAUCCAAGCAAUGCCGAUAAAACCUAAUGCUAGCAUAUGGGCAUCUCUGCUAAGAGCCUGUCGAACAAGUGGGGACAUGGAGACAGCGGAAAGAGUGUCUAAGAAGAUUAUCGAACUGAACCCGGACGAUCCAGGUUACUCGAUUCUAGCAUCAAACGCGUAUGCAGCCUUGAGAAAAUGGGACGAAGUGAGUCUAAUCCGCAAAUCCUUGAAAGACAAACACAUCAAGAAGAAUCCAGGAUAUAGCUGGAUCGAAAUCAGCAAAAAAGUUCACGUGUUCCGUGCAGGAGAUGAUUCAGCUCCUCAGUCCGAAGCCAUCCACAAGUCACUUGAGAUACUUUACAGUCUGAUGGCUAAAGAAGGGUACAUUCCCGAUCCACGAGAAGUGUCACAGAAUCUAGAGGAUGAGGAAGAGAAGAGACGUUUGAUCUGUGGGCACAGUGAGAGGCUAGCCAUCGCUUUUGGACUGUUGAACACAGAACCAGGGACGCCGUUGCAAGUGAUGAAGAAUCUUCGUGUCUGCGGUGAUUGUCAUGAAGUCACGAAGCUGAUAUCAAAGAUAGUGGGACGUGAGAUAUUAGUGAGGGAUGCUAAUCGGUUCCAUCUCUUCAAAGACGGCAUUUGUAGCUGCAAAGACCGGUGGUGA